AACUGGGAAUGGAUUGGAAUUCUAAAGUAGCAGCUCCAGGUGUGACCACAGCUUCAUUACAGACCUCUGUCAUCUCUACGUCUGUAAUUGCAGGGAGCACCAUGUCCACCAAUCCUGGACCAGGCGGUGAUGCUAGGGUACCAAAUCUGGAUAAUCACAGUCCUGGACAUUCAGAAGACUUGUCAGAUCCAAACUUCUCUCAAUAUGGCCAGAGUUCUGGUUUACCACCAAUGCCUUUGUUCAAUGGUGUUGGAAGUUCAUAUCCGUCUGGUGGGUUUGGUAAUGGAGGAGACAGUCUGCCAAGCAUGUGGAGUCCAUCAGUGGAGACCCCGAAUUCGGAGGAAAUCCACGAAUCGGGGGUGAGUGGCAAGAAAAAGAUGUGGAACUGGAGCAAAUGACAAGAGGUUUCUGGGAGUUGUGUGCCACCUCGGCCAGUCUGGUGUGUGUGAAAGCUUGCUUUUAUGGGGAUUGCCCGUGCGUUAGAGCUUGUCACAAAGAAUUUACUCGAACUUUGUCCCAUCACCUGAUUUACUACUUUUAUUACAUCUUUAUCCCUUUUUCUCUCAUUUUACACCUUAUAUAAACAUGUUAUAAUAACAAAUGGGAGUAGUCUAUAGAGAAAAAAAAAUCAGAUCAUUUUUAUUAUUAUAAUUAUUUACUUGUUUUCUGAUGAUUUCUUAUUUAAAAAUUGUCGAUAUAUAUAAUAUUUGACGGGUUAUUUUACUUCUUUCAAUGCUUUGGUGAUUUAGUUAGAGAUAACAUACAGUUAGUGCAUGUUUCCGUGAGUCGUAAAAGAAUAUAUGAAUUUAUAAAUACAUACACGAGGUGAAACAUCUCAAAAUGAAAAAUUGAUAUUUUCCCCCAAAACAAGACGAUCAAUAAUUAAUGGGGGGAAAAAAUGGAAAUUGCCGCAAACUUUUGAAUUAAGAUAUUUUGUGUGUUUAGAUUUUGAUGUUGUUUAGUGAAAAUCUUCGUUGAUAAACAAAAAUUUGUAAUUUAAAAAAAAAAGACUACUAUGCUAUUUUGAACGGUCAUAGGAAAAUCGUGACAUUAGAUUUUAAACUUGCAAUGUGGUUCAUUCUGAUGUGGAGUGAUCACAUGUAGGUGAAUCGGAGUGCUACAUUGUCGUUAGGAAGGCGAGGGGCAAUACUGUAUAGAUGUAGAAAAAUUUUCAUUUCAUAUUGACUAUUGACUUUUUCUCAAUACUUGUGAUACUGGAUGUAGACACGAAACAUUAGUGGUUGUUACUAAUGUUACAGAAUGAUUUAGCAGGUGGAAGUUACUCCCCUUGUUUUCUGUUGCCUUUUGUGCUGAAUGGUUACCAAGCGGGAUUAACUCCCCUUGUUUUCUGUUGCCUUUUGUGCUGAAUGGUUACCAAGCGGGAUUAACUCCCCUUGUUCUUUUUUCUGUUAUUUAACAGAAUGCUUAGCAUUUUCCCUCUGAUUAUAGAGAAUGUACGUUGUAUAUUAUUCUGAUACAUGAAUAAAAUAAUUGCAUUGACUUAA